AUGGCUUCCCAGAACCCUCCAGAGGACAGCGAGGUGUCGAAUCCCGUCAAACGAAUCCGCUGGGCGACCCAUCGCGUGCAGGGAGAACAGGGUAACAAGAAACGCGCGUCGGUCUUGGGCCGCUUGCACAAGCGCAUUGGUUCCGGAGGAAACGAGAAGCGGGACGAGGCCGAAGGUCACCCAGAGAGCAAGGAAGCUCCAGGCGCGCCGAGCGACGAGAACGCGACAGUAUCUGAUGCCAGCGACGACGGCGAUGGCGGCCGCGUCGUUUACUUCAACAUACCGCUGCCGCCCGAAGCCAGGGACGAAGAAGGCCAUCCGCGCGUCUCAUAUGUGAGGAACAAGAUUCGAACCGCCAAAUACACGCCUCUCUCCUUCAUUCCGAAGAACCUUUGGCUGCAAUUUCACAACAUCGCCAACAUUUAUUUUGCCUUCAUCAUCAUCCUCGGUGCCUUUUCUGUUUUCGGAGCCUCGAACCCCGCUCUCAAUGCCGCUCCCUUGAUUGUCAUUCUUGCCGUCACGGCUGUGAAGGACGCCAUCGAGGACUGGAGAAGAACCGUGCUUGACAACGUACUCAACAAUGCUCCGGUGCACAGGCUCGUCGACUACGAAAACGUCAACACUGCUGAAGAUCGCGUUGGACUUUGGCGGCAGUUCAAAAAGGCAAACACGAGGCUGCUGAAGACGAUUUGGAGCCUGUGGCAGCAGAGAAAAAACAAGGGUACCAGUGGCAAAGGCAAGACUUAUUCGGAACGGGCAACGGAUGAAUCGCGGCCAUCCAUCGAAACUCGACGAUCGUUUGCUUCCCAUCGCGAUUCCCACAUUUUCAGGAAGAGUGACGAUGGAACACCGCUUGGCGAGCCGAAUGCCAUCCAAAUGACCCCUGUACCAUCUCCCCUCCCAGGCCAAGGAAAUGGCGAUGCCCCCGGACAUGCUACUUUUGAGGGUAUCCACGCCGGACCGAAAUCGGAGAAGGUCAACCCCGAGCCAGCGUCGAAAUUUCAUGGAAGCAUUAUGAACCCGUUCCGAGACGCGCCCGGUAAGGCUCGGUUUAAGAAGGAUUACUGGAAAAAUGUCCAGGUUGGCGAUUUCGUGCGUUUGUACAAUGAAGAGGAAGUUCCAGCUGAUAUUGUGGUUCUUGCCACUUCGGAUCCGGACGGCGCGUGCUACGUUGAGACCAAGAAUUUGGAUGGCGAGACUAACCUCAAAGUCCGUCAUGCGCUCCAUGCCGGUCGGAAGGUCGUUCACGCCCGCCAAUGCGAAAAGGCCGAGUUCUCCAUCCAGAGCGAACCCCCGCACGCGAAUUUGUACUCGUACUCCGGUGUCCUCCAUUGGAACCAACACGAUCCCACGGACCCGCAAGCACCUGCGUCGGAAAUGGCCGAACCAAUCAGUGUCAACAACCUCUUGCUGCGUGGAUGCAGCAUUCGAAACACAGACUGGGUUCUCGGUGUCGUCAUGUUCACUGGUGAAGACACCAAGAUCAUGCUCAACUCCGGAAUCACUCCUAGCAAGCGUGCCAAGAUCUCCAAGGACCUGAACUGGAACGUCAUCUACAACUUUAUCAUUCUUUUCGUCAUGUGUUUGAUCGCCGGCAUAGUUCAGGGUGUGACUUGGUCUGAAGGCGGCAAUUCGCUGGACUACUUCGAGUUUGGCUCCUACGGCGGUAAACCUUCGAUCGACGGAUUCAUCACGUUUUGGGCAGCCGUCAUCCUCUUCCAGAACUUGGUGCCCAUUUCGCUCUACAUCACCCUCGAGAUCAUCAGGACGAUCCAGGCCUUUUACAUUUAUCUCGAUGUCAACAUGUACUACGAAAGACUCGACUACCCGUGCACCCCGAGGUCUUGGAACAUUUCGGACGAUGUCGGCCAAAUCGAAUACAUUUUCUCCGACAAGACCGGAACGCUGACGCAAAACGUCAUGGAGUUCAAGAAGUGCACCAUCAAUGGUGUACCAUAUGGCGAGGCUUACACGGAAGCACAGGCUGGACUGCAGAGACGACAAGGAAUCGAUGUCGAAGUGGAAGGUGCCCGGGCUCGUGCGCAGAUCGCACAGGACAAAGUGAGGAUGAUUGAGAUGCUGCGGAAACAGCAUGACAACCCCUAUCUCCGGGACGAGGAUAUCACCUUCAUUGCUCCGGAUUAUGUUGCCGAUCUGGGAGGCGAGUCUGGAGAAGAGCAGCGCCGCGCGAAUGAGCAAUUCAUGUUGGUGCUCGCUCUGUGCCAUACUGUCAUUACCGAAAGGACCCCCGGCGACCCACCGAAAAUCGAGUUCAAGGCUCAGUCGCCCGAUGAGGCUGCGCUUGUGUCGACGGCUCGUGAUGUUGGCUUCACGGUCCUGGGCAGAGUGGACGAUGGUUUGAUCGUUAACGUCAUGGGAGAAGACCGGAAGUUCCAGAUCCUCAACACUCUCGAGUUCAACUCCUCACGUAAGAGGAUGAGUGCCGUCAUGCGUCUGCCUGAUGGCAGAAUCAUGCUUUACUGCAAGGGUGCAGACAGCAUCAUCUACUCGCGUUUGAAGAAAGGUGAACAGGCUGAGCUGCGCCGGAGUACCGCAGAACAUCUCGAGAUGUUCGCUCGCGAGGGUCUGCGUACUCUUUGCAUUGCUGAAAAGGAGCUUACUGAGGAGGAAUACCGCGACUGGAACAUACGGCAUGAAGCAGCGGCAUCGUCCGUUGUUGAUCGUGAACAGAAGCUCGAAGAGGUCGCUGAUUCGAUCGAGCGCGAUCUCAUGCUUUUGGGAGGCACAGCCAUCGAGGACAGACUGCAAGACGGUGUACCGGAUGCCAUUGCUCUGCUCGGCAGAGCCGGCAUCAAGCUUUGGGUCCUUACCGGCGACAAGGUUGAAACCGCUAUCAACAUCGGCUUCUCCUGCAACCUUUUGGACAACGACAUGGAUCUGAUCGUGCUCAAGGUCGACGAGAGUAUAGAAGUGGCAGAAAAGGAACUGGACAAGCAUCUAGCGACAUUCGGCAUGACCGGCUCGGACGAGGAACUCAAGGCCGCCCAAACCAACCACGAGCCCCCGGAUCCGACUCAUGCAAUCAUCAUCGAUGGUGACUCGCUGAAGCUGGUGCUGGAUGAUAAGCUUAAACAAAAGUUCCUGCUUCUUUGCAAGCAGUGCAGAUCCGUUCUCUGCUGCCGUGUCAGCCCUGCCCAGAAAGCCUCGGUCGUCGAGAUGGUCAAGAAUGGGUUGGAUUGCCUUACCCUCUCUAUCGGCGACGGUGCCAACGAUGUGGCUAUGAUUCAGGAAGCUCACGUUGGUGUUGGUAUUGCUGGUGAGGAGGGCCGAGCAGCUGUCAUGUCGUCGGAUUACGCUAUUGGUCAAUUCCGCUUCCUGACUCGGUUGAUCCUGGUCCAUGGACGUUGGUCUUACCGCAGGCUAGCUGAGACCAUCGCCAACUUCUUCUACAAGAACUUGGUCUGGACUUUCGCUCUUUUCUGGUACCAGAUUUACGACAACUUCGACUGCGCCUACAUCUUCGACUACACUUACAUCAUCAUGUACAACUUGGCCUUCACGUCUCUGCCCGUUAUCCUGAUGGGUAUCCUCGACCAGGACGUAGACGACAAGGUUUCUCUUGCUGUCCCCCAGCUCUACCGCCGUGGCAUUGAGCGCAAGGAGUGGACACAGACAAAGUUCUGGGGAUACAUGGUCGAUGGUUUGUACCAAUCAGUCAUCGUCUUCUACAUGGCCUAUCUCCUCUUCAUCCCGGCCAACUUCCAGAGUUCAAACGGUCUUGACGUUGCCGACAACAAGCGCAUGGGUAUCUACAUUGCCAGCGCGGCAGUCAUCAUUGCCAACGUCUACAUGCUCAUGAACACGUAUCGCUGGGACUGGUUGACGUUGCUUAUUGUGGCAAUCAGUAUUCUGCUGAUCUGGGCUUGGACCGGUAUUUACACCGCUUUUGAUGCUGGCUUCACUUUCUACAAGGCGGCGCCGCAAGUCUACGGGCAGCUAAGUUUCUGGGCCUUAACGCUACUCGGGGUGGUCGUGUGUCUUCUACCCAGGUUCACGGUGAAGUCGAUCCAAAAGAUAUAUUAUCCUCUGGACGUUGACAUCAUCCGGGAGCAAGUCGUUCAGGGUAAGUUCGAUUACUUGAAGGAGAGCAACUCUCUCAUUCCUCCGCCGCCGCCUGUGGACGGGGAGAAAGUCAACUCAAUGUCUUCGUCGGACCUCUCCAAGCCGGUCAACAAGCCUGAGCGCAACACCAUGUCAUCGAUUCCGGACGAUGAACGGCCCAUUUACCCACCUUCGGUUGCACCGACCGCGACGACUCACAACCCAAGGAGUCAAAACGGCAGUGACAGCACCAACUUCACCGGUCCGCGGUCUUCUUGGCCGGAUCAACAACAAGGCCUGUCGCCUCACGACGUUACGGAAGACCGGUUAGGUGAAAUGCGCCCAUCUAUGGAUCGACCAAGAGUGUCAAUGGAUCCACCACGAGUUUCGGUGGAUCCACCACGACAAUCGAUGGAUGGCCGUCCACGAGCAUCAAUGGACCGUACCAGGCCAUCAUACGACAGAGCAAGAAUGUCGAUGGACAGGAUACGGCAGAGUUUCGAGGCAAGCAACGAUUUCACCUCAGCAGCACGGCUCAGCAGGUUAGAAAGCAGCCACUCGGGACCAUACACGAUGGAUCCAGAUUCGAAGAUAGGCAUGGCGCAGUGA